AUGCAGCGUCGAGCUCCGCAAAGGGAAAUCAGACGUGGCGGCGCACGCUCGCGCCCAGGUGUCGGUGCGCUCCUUUGUGGCGGUCGGUUGGCCAUCCGCCGCCGCAACCGGCGAACUGGCGGGGCGCGGGCGAAGACUGCCCUGGCGAGGCCUCAGCUUGCCGCCUCCCCCGGCACCGGUCGCGAGCACCGCCCCUUCCAGCGAGCAACCGCGACUUUGCGAAGAGAUGCGUUCGUCGCUGCUGUGCGAGGCGGCGAAGCAGCAAGUUCCUGCGCCGCCCAACAAGGCGGCCAGUUUCAGCGUCCGGAACGGUGGAGCUCUGCCUUCCGAGGGCCGGUGAGGGCGCCGAUCCCCCGCCUGGAGAAGUGCGGGGGGCCCGUCGCAGUGGGGCGCUGGCGCCAAAGGAAACUGCCGAAAAGAAUAAAAAAAAACACCCUCACUUGUUCACAGCAAAAAGCGUGUCAAAGUGAACACGCACCGCAACUUGCCAUUUUUUCAACCACUUCUCCAAAGAGGGAUUCAAUUCCCCCCUGCUUGAGAAACCGCCAGCAUUCCAUCGGCCGACCCGCAAAAGGGAACCAGGAUUCAAUUCCACGCCCCCGCAAAGCCGGAGAAGCUGCCACCGACAAAUCCACGGCGCAAGAGAUGUCGCCAAUUGUCGGGCGUGUGGGGAUAUUGGGCGGGAAAUCAACUGCAUUUGUCCCGCGCCUCCUGCAGAAGGCGACACGACAAGGUGGCCGAGUUCGCCGCGGGCGCCCUCCAGGCGUCUGCCAAGCACCUCACAUGUCUAUCUCUGCAAUUCAUGGAAAAUUUUGGAAAUAA